GGAGUGCGUGGGUCUGGGUGCUGGAACUCACAAGCCAAUCGUCUUUACUUAACCCCUCCAGCGGUUUAUUCAAAGAAUCUGCUCUGUUGGACUCUACAAAUUAAACCAAGAGUUUUCAACGAAUAUAGAGCCAUGUGGUUCAAAUCCUGUAGGAUGACCUUUUCCUAUGUGAAUAGAAUGAAAAAAUGCAGGUACCCUUGGACGAGACUGUACAGUACUUCACACACCACUGUGGACAGCAGUGAGAUAAAAACCUUCCUGGUCCUGGCUCACAAGUGGUGGGAUGAGCAAGGAGUAUAUGCGCCUCUUCAUUCUAUGAAUGACUUGAGGGUUCCAUUUAUUAGAGACAAUCUUUUGAAAACAAUUCCUAAUCAUCAGCCAGGAAAACCUUUGUCUGGGAUGAAGAUUCUCGAUGUUGGCUGUGGUGGUGGAUUGUUAACUGAACCUCUAGGUAGGCUUGGGGCUUCAGUUAUUGGAAUCGAUCCUGUGGAUGAGAACAUUAAAACAGCACAGCGCCAUAAAUCAUUCGAUCCAGUCCUGGAUAAGAGGAUAGAGUACAGAGCCUGUUCCCUGGAAGAGAUUGUGGAAGAGACUGCAGAAACAUUUGAUGCUGUUGUAGCUUCUGAAGUUGUAGAGCACGUGAUUGAUCUAGAAACAUUUUUACAGUGCUGCUGUCAAGUGUUAAAACCCAGUGGCUCUUUAUUCAUCACUACAAUCAACAAAACACAACUGUCCUAUGCCUUGGGAAUUAUUUUUUCAGAGCAAAUUGCAGGUAUUGUACCAAAAGGUACUCAUACUUGGGAGAAGUUUGUUUCACCUGAAAAGCUAGAGAGCAUUCUGGAACCAAAUGGUCUGUCAGUUCAGACUGUGGCAGGAAUGCUUUAUAAUCCCUUCUCCGGUUACUGGCAUUGGAGUGAAAAUACCAGCAUUAACUAUGCAGCUCAUGCUGUGAAAUCCAGGGUACAGGAACACCCAGUGCCUGCUGAAUCUGUUCUAACAGAGGAAACAGAAGAGCUUCGAGCUAAUGUCCACACCAGCCCAGGUGUGCACGAAGAACUGAAGAGAUAAAUUGUUUCUGGAGAUUAUAGUGAUACGGCUUGAAAGUCUGUUGUUUACAAAUACAAUAAUUUAUCUACUAAGAAUCAUGAAGAAAAAGACAAUAAAAAGGACUAAAAGCUUG